UCACUACUGGGCACUGAGUGGCGGCACUGCUGGGCACUGACUGGUGGCACUGACUGGCAGCACUGCUGGGAAUGCUCUGAUGGGCACUGGUGGGUGGCACUGGUGGGCACAGGUCGGUGGGCACAGGUGGGUGGCACUACUGGGCACAGGCGGUGACACUGCUGGGUGGCACAGGUGGGCGCACUGCUGGGCACAGGUGGGCGCACUGCUGGGCACAGGUGGGUGGAACUUGUGUGUGGCACUGCUGGGCACCGAUCAUCAGGGCACUGAUGAUCACGUGAGGAAAGUGCAGCCGAGAACCGGCAUUUGCAUUUCCCGGUGAUCAGCGUGUCAUUGGACACGGCUGAUCACGUGGUA